AUGAAUUAUAACGGGGACCCGUAUACCGGCAUGAGUUAUAACGGCGACUGGUAUAACGGCAUUAGUAUGAAGUAUAAUCAAUCGGUCGACAUUAAUGGUAUUUUGCAGUAUGAUACGAUUUGGCGAAAAAUAUCGUGUAAAUUCAGCUCAUCUAUGACAUAUUUCGAUAAACAAGGAAAACGUGUUUGGAUUUAUGCAAAACACGAUCAAGACAAGCCGGUAUCGAUCGAUAUACCGAUCACCGGUAUAUCGGCCGGUGCCGGUACAAAAUUUGUAUACUGGUGGACCGCUACUGGUAUCGCAGUUUUGAUACCGGUUACACACCUGACACAAGUAGAACUAAAAUGUUUUUGGGGCUUAGAAGCUUUUCGUACAUUUAUAAGAGUUGAUUGUGCCGCGCCAUCUGUUCUUAAGGCGGAAUAUAAUUUAAUUCUUUUUUCUUAUAGUUAUAAAUAA